CGAGUGCAGCUGGAUGUGGAAAAGCCAUUGUGAAUCCUUUCCGGUGCGGGGUGCGUUCUGCUAAUGACAUUUGCCGAGUGACUGUGUGAGUUUCGCGAGUAAAAUCCCCUUGAAAAUGGCGAAAAAGAAAAGCGAAGAGUAUGGCGGUGAUUGCGAAGCGGACGGAGAAUAUGGCGAGGAACCCAAUUUUGAAGAUCCCGAGGGUUUUGUGGAUGAUGUAACGGACGAAGAACUCCUUGCGGAUGUGCUUAAGCAGAAACCUUGCGAAACUGAUGGCGUGGAGAAUGUGGUCGUCGUGGACAACAUUCCAAAAGUCGGGCCGGCGCGACAAGAGAAACUCAAAUCUGUCGUAGAGAAGUUGUUUGCUAACUUCGGGAAAAUCGUGAAUGUAUACUACCCUUUGGACGAGGAGGAGACCACCAAGGGAUAUGCUUUUCUGGAAUACAAGAACUCCGCGCAGGCCGAGGAGGCUGUGAAGGCGCUAAACAAUCAUCGCCUGGACAAGUCGCAUACGUUCGCCGUGAAUUUGUUCACGGACUUUCAGAAAUAUGAAAAUAUUCCUGAAAAAUGGGAACCGCCAACUCAACAACCAUACAAAGUGCAAGAGGAUCUAUAUAACUUCCUAACGGAACCCGAUGCCUAUGACCAAUAUUGUGUAGCAGCCGAGACUGGACAAAAUUCAGUGCAAGUGCAGUUCUGGCAAAAUACAAUUCCGGAACCGACUGAUUUGGAAACAAGAGAGCGCUUCACUGAUACUUUCGUGAAAUGGUCACCACUUGGCACAUACAUCGUCACCUUCCACAAACCUGGCGUUGCUAUUUGGGGCGGAACCAGCUACAAUAAAAUCAACAAAUUCCCACAUCCUGGUACUCAAUUUGUAGAUUUUUCGCCGGGCGAAAACUACUUGGUAACUUACGGACCGACACAAACUGGCCAAAAAAUCAUAAUCUGGGAUAUACGUAGUGGACAGGAGAAGCGUAGUUUCGUUUCGGACAACAUGUCCAGUAUGUCCAUGUUCCGCUGGUCACAUGAUGACAAGUACGUAGCUCGAAUGUGUGAGAAUUCGAUUCAAGUUUAUGAAACACCAGGCUUCUAUCUGCUGGACAUGAAAUCGAUUAAGAUUCCGGGAAUACGCAGUUUCAGCUGGUCGCCAACUGAUAAUAUCAUCGCUUAUUGGGUCGCGGAAGAAACCGAUGUUCCCGCGAAGGUGACAUUAAUGGAAAUCCCGAAGAAACGAGAAAUUCGUAACAAAAAUCUUUUCAACGUUGCCGACUGUAAAAUUCACUGGCAAAAGUCUGGCGAUUAUUUGUGCGUGAAAGUCGAUCGAUUCUCGAAAUCGAAAAAAGACAAAAAGGACGCAGACGUGAAAUUCUUGGGAAUGUUCUACAACUUCGAAAUCUUCCACAUGCGCGAGAAAGACAUUCCUGUUGAUUCAGUGGAAUUGAAAGAAUUGAUUUUAGCCUUUGCUUGGGAGCCAGUUGGAACAAAGUUUGGAAUAAUCCAUGGGGACCCAAGUAAUGCUAAUGUUAGCUUCUACGAAGUGAAGAAGGGACAAAAACCUUCUUUGGUGAAGAAACUGGAGAAGAAGCUUUGCACUCAUAUGUUCUGGUCUCCACGUGGGCAGUUUGUUGUGUUGGGGAACUUGACAAUGGGCACCCUUGAAUUCGUGGAUACAAACAACGAUUUCGUUGUGAUGACUACGGCUGAUCAUUUCCGGGCUUCCGAUGUUGAAUGGGAUCCAACAGGACGAUAUGUAGUUACAGGCGUGUCUUCGUGGAAGGUAAAAGAAGAUACAGGGUACAAUAUGUACUCGUUCCAAGGUCGCCUGCUGAGACGGACCAUGCUUAAGAACUUCGUUCAAUUCCUUUGGCGACCAAGACCUCCAUCACUUCUGUCAGAGGCGCAACAAAAGGAAAUUAAGAAGAACUUGAAGAAGUACUAUCCACAGUUUGAGAGCAAGGAUCGUAUGCGCAUGACACGUGCAUCGAAGGAGUUGCUCGAAAAGCGAGCACAACUACGAGCUCAGUUCAUGGAGUACCGCAACAAGAGGAUAGCUGAAUGGACUGAACAGAAGAGCAGGCGUUUGCAGCUAAGAAAUCAUGUUGACACCGAUAACUUAGAUACAGAAGACGUGGACGAAGAAAUUGUUGAAUUUUUGGUUAAAGAAGACGUCACGGUUCUCGAGUAGUCCACUAAAAGCUGUUACGUUUACAUAGUUCGCGCGAUCUUCUUUGGUAUUUUUAGUUGCCACCCCUGCCACCAUUGCAGGCAAUACAAACUCUAUUGGAGGGGAUCGUCUUUGUCAUCAGUCUUACAAACGUGUUCUGUUUUCCAACAAAAACAAUAUUUUGCCAAUAUCAGAGCGAUAUUGUCUAAGUAUUUAUUCAAGCUGUUACUACUAGCGUAAUUAGAAUCUGUCUCGCAUUUAACAACUUCCUGCGAUUUGUCAUAUAUUGUAGAAUUUAUAUUUGUAAACAGAAAUCUGGUAGUAUGGUUUUCAUCGAUAAUAUUGCUAAUAAAUAUUUUAACUUUUCAUAUAUUAAAAGAACAUUUGUAAGACAAACUGGA